AUGUUUUUAGAUAAAAUAAAAAAGCUACUUGAACAUUCACGAUUUACAACAUGUGAAAUUCAGAAAAACUUUUUACCACGUCGUAUAGGAUUAGGAUAUAAUUUUAAAUAUGAAAAUGUUGAAAUAGAUCUUGUAAAAGAACUUAAAAAAAAGCAGAGGAAAAAUAGUAAAAGAAUGAAAAUUGUUAGUGAUGGAAGUGAAUCAGAUGAGGAGAUAAUAAGUAAAUCAAAAAUGGUAAAGUAA